GUGUGUGUGUGUGUGUGUGUGUGUGUGUGUGUGUGUGUGUGUUUGGUUUCCCUCUUCUCUGUAAGAACUCAGCCCGCCUGCCUGCUCCUGCUGUCGCUGCGGCUCUCACUUGCUUUUUGCUGCUUCCCUCCUGUCCUUUCUCUUCCUCCUUAGCUUGUCUUUGGGUAUCACUCCAAGUAUGGAGACUACUCACCCUGAGCAGCUCUCAGAACAAUCAACACCUUCAGGGGAUAGUUCGUCAUCACCCAAUCUCAAUGGUCUGGGGAAGCAAGACAGUCAGGAUUCUUCAACAUCACUCCAAACACCAGAGCAGGAGGCAAGUGGGCACUCUGAAAAUGGAGCCCAUGAUCUCUCUGAAGAGUUGAAUCGACAGCUGGAAGACAUCAUAAGCAUGUAUGGGUCUGCUGCCAGUACCGUAGAGAAGGAGGGCCCAGCCAAGGCGAAGGAGCAGCCUGGAAGUGCAGAAGCUCCUGACAGUGAGGACAGAGACUGUGAGGAAACCACUGAAGAGGCUGAAAGAGAAGCCACUGCUUCUGGAGAACCGUCCAUCGUCAAAGAGCCUGUCGGCAAUAAAGAGCAAAAAUUGGAAAAGAAAAUCCUAAAAGGAUUAGGCAAAGAAGCCAACCUACUAAUGCAAAAUCUGAACAAGCUGCAAACACCUGAGGAAAAGCUUGAUUUUUUAUUCAAGAAAUAUGCUGAAUUGCUGGAUGAACAUCGCACUGAGCAAAAGAAGUUAAAACUCCUACAAAAGAAACAGGUGCAAGUCCAGAAAGAAAAAGACCAGCUACAGAGUGAACACAGCAGAGCUAUCCUGGCUCGAAGCAAACUGGAGAGUCUGUGCCGAGAGCUGCAGAGGCACAACAAGACGCUGAAGGAAGAAACCCUCCAGAGGGCACGUGAGGAAGAAGAGAAAAGAAAGGAGAUCACAAGUCAUUUCCAGACUACUCUGACAGAUAUUCAGGCCCAGAUAGAGCAGCAGAGUGAGCGAAAUAUGAAGCUCUGUCAGGAGAACACAGAACUCGCAGAAAAACUGAAAAGCAUCAUCGAUCAGUAUGAACUCAGAGAGGAGCACCUGGACAAAAUAUUUAAACAUAGAGAACUGCAGCAGAAGCUGGUGGAUGCGAAACUUGAGCAGGCACAAGAAAUGAUGAAAGAAGCAGAGGAGCGACACAAUCGAGAGAAGGAAUAUUUGCUGAAUCAGGCAGCAGAGUGGAAACUUCAGGCUAAGGUGCUGAAGGAACAGGAGACAGUGCUGCAGGCUCAGCUUACUCUCUACUCAGGAAGGUUUGAAGAGUUCCAGAGCACGCUGACAAAAAGCAAUGAAGUGUUCGCUACUUUCAAACAGGAAAUGGAUAAAACAACUAAAAAAAUGAAGAAGCUGGAAAAGGACACAGCCACGUGGAAAGCCCGUUUUGAGAACUGUAACAAAGCAUUACUGGACAUGAUCGAAGAGAAAGCACUGCGGGCUAAGGAAUAUGAGUGCUUCGUGAUGAAAAUUGGGAGGCUGGAGAACCUCUGCCGCGCAUUACAAGAAGAGAGAAACGAACUCUACAAAAAAAUUAGAGAAGCAAAAAUGCCUGAGAAGGAUGACCAAAGCCAGCACACCUCUGAUGAAGAGCCAGAGGCAGACAGCUCUGUGACUACAGCGGUCGAUGCGGAAUCGGUCAACAGCGUGCAAAACGCCGUGAACAAGUUGGCCGCCGCCUUCCUAAUUCAUCCCUCAGCGUCGACCCUCGAUCCAAGCCUAGUCCACCUGGAAUUGAGCAGCCCUCCGGGAGGCGAAGCCUCUCCCCUCAACGAGCCAGAACAAGCCCUGUUGCCUGCCUCCUGGGCUUUCGAAAGUCCUCCCCUUGUCCCAGCUCCUGAGGCUGAGGCCGAGGCCGAAGCAGGCAACAAGGAGCAACCUGCCUCUUUGGCCAGCCAUAAUCCCGCCAAAUCAGCGGGGGAGCCGGAAAGCCACAAUCUCUCUACCAGGGUUCAGGCCGACCAGCAGUCCCGGAAGCCAGAGGCAGGAGCUUCCGGUCUGGCCCAGCAUGCCCCUGCCGAGGCCUCCCUACCCAUGCUUGACGCCAGUGGUUCCACUUAUGCAGAAACUUCCGGUCAGGCCUCCCUACCCCAGGUAUCCACAGAGUGUCCUGCUCAUGAAGAAACUUCAGGGCAGGCCUCGGCUAAGGCCUCCUUACCCAAGGUGGAGGCAAAUGGUCCCACUCAUGCAGAAGCAACGGACCAGGCCUGCACUCAAACCCCCCUAUCUGGGGCUGAGGCGGACAGUCCUGCCCUACCACCCCCAGCAAAGGCGAAUGUUCCAGGUGGGGUGCUUGGGAGUGAGUCCAGGAGGCAGCCCCUACCAGCAGCCUCAGAGGGGCUGCCCCCGGAGGCCUCAGCUAGGUCCCAGCUGCCCCAAAUGGCUGACACCAGCCUGGAGGGAGUAGAUUAAGCCUCACUGUGCCUUCGGAGGCUUUCCUCUUGACUUUGCAUCUUGGUCAUUGCAGACUGUCUCUGAAAGAGUCAUUAAGGACUAAGGAUGUCAAAUGGAAGAGAGGGUUAACACAUCUUUGAAUUUAUGCAGAAUACAUUCAGCCUUUGCCCUUUGUUCUCAAUUUAUAACUGAUAAGGAGCUUUUCUAAUUUAAUACUGAGUUAGUGUAAUUUUUCCAAGUGGCAAUAACACAUUCUAAUAGCAAAGUUUUUCAUUAAGAUGGUACUCAAUUUUUUAAUAGUAAUAUUUGAUGUUUGAAAGACUUUUACAAGACAUCAAUACUGACAGUGUAAUGUUAUAUUGAUUUCUACAAGUAGUUUAAUAAGCUUCAUAUAACUGAUGGAUACCAGGUUCCACUUAAACAGUAUAUAUACAUAAUAUGUGCACAUGUGUUUUAUGUAUGUAUAUAUACACACAUGGACAUGUGACUAUAUACAUGUAUGUGUACAUGUUUGUAUACAUAAAUGCAUACAUUACACAUAUUUCUCUCACUCCCUAUGGAUUUUUCUCUAUGCAAAAUAUUUAGAUACUAAUCCAAAAAAUCGGGGCUGGGGAUUUAGCUCAGCGGCAAAAGUGCCUGCCUGGCAAGCGCAAGGUCGUGAGUUCGAUUCCUGGUACCGGAAGAAAAGACAAAAAAAAAAAUCAUCUCUUGUAUUUUUCAGGUGGGAUACAGUAAACUAAUGCUCUUUGAAUCAGAAGUAGAUUUAAAACAGAAGUAUUUAGGCCAUCACUGUAUUGUACAAAUAUAAAUAACCCAAUGUUUUAGAUCAAUAAAUUCAACCAAUGACAGAUCUGAUGACAAUAAAUUUAACCAAUGAAUCAGUAAUACUAAUGAAUCAAUAAAUUCAACCAAUGACUUGAUCUAAUGAUAACAUAGCAGUUAUAUUAGACUGUAAAACUCCAGAGCACAUGGACAUGAAGGGGACCACAAGAGGACCUGAACAAGUGUACGUGGAUCACCCCUUCAGGCUGGUUGUUCUACACUCUUUAGCCAGUUGCCUCACAAGGCCUUCCACACCAGAAGGCAGCAACACUCCUGGCAGCCUGCUGGAAGUGGGAAGAGAGCAGGGAUUGAGCACUGGGAGACCUCAGACUGAGAAACGGUUUUGCCCUCUCCCUUUGCUUGUGUUGCUGAUGUCCAAGACAAAAUAUUCACCUCUUCCUUUCCGUGACCUGGUCUGUAUUCUGAAAGCAACUGCUCCUUCUUUCCAAAUGCUUCCCUUUGUAGGAGAAAAUUAUACAUAGCCCUUCUCCCAAUUAAUGUUAAAUAGACUUAUUAUUUUGCAAAAUAGAUAUCUACAUAGGUUCUCAAUAGGAGUGAUGAGGCUUACAAAACAAUGUGCAUUUUCUGCUUUGGGGGUUUUUCUACAGCACAGAAGUACAAAAUAAAAAAUAAAUGGGUCCCUACUCAAAAUGUUAAAAAGUAAGUAAGGAUUCAAGAGAAGGCAAAAGGUAGAAAUACCCUGGGGUAAAUAUCACUGUUAUUGCUUGACAAGAGCCUCAAAUGAAAUGACAGCAAAAAUUAGUCUACCUGGGGUAAUAAAGCAAGACUACACCAAUGAAACAGGAAGAGAUGAGAAAGAGAGGUGAGGCGGGAGAUGGAAGGCAGAAAAGAAAAAUGUCUAAUCAUACCUUUAAAAAUUGCACUCAAGUAUAAAAGUGGAUAAAAGCAAGAUUCUGUGCUACUCAUUCAGGAAAUCAUUCAUCAAUAUUGCACAUGGCCAUUUGCCAAGGCUCACAAAGAGCUUGUAGGCAGCAGCCAUAUGUUACAAGAAUUGUAAACUGCAUAAAAUUUGUUUGAAGUAGACAGUGAGGGUAAUAACAAAAAUGCUAGUCAAGGGGAAAAAUCAGGAAAAAGUAUGUCACUAUUUGAGAAUCCAUGUGUUUUAAAGGCUUAAAAUAUUAUAACCAUGGAGAUGUGUGGCCAAAUUCAACAUUACUGGAAAUAAAACGUUCUUUUAAUUCAGAGCUAAAUAUUCACUAUAACAAUUCAGGAGGGUCUGCUUUUUUCCCUGUUUGCAGAAGUUGAACUUCCAAGAAUGGAGUAAGAUUAGAUAAUCGUAGUAAAGUCUCAGUCUGAAUGUUUAGGAAGAAAAGACACCAAAUGUGCCAAAAUCCAGUAAAUCAACUAUUUCAACAACCAAAGUUUAUUAUUUUCAUCCAAAAGUCUUUCAUAGCAACACAUUAGUCCCUACUGUAUGUAUCUUGGGCAGAGUUUCAGAUACAAUAAUGGGCCUGAAAUUUGUAAAGCUUAAUAUAGGCUUUGGAAGAAUUAUUUUAAUAUUCAAAGAAUAUUUCAUUAUUAUCCUUUGUGUUAGAAUCUGGCAUUCCUAAUUAUAACAGAACUCAUAAGAUCUAAAAGUAGAACAAAUUUCUAAUCUUUGUCAAGUUCAUGCAACUAUUUUUAGAGAUACCAAAACUACUUUCUAGAAGCACUAAAUUUAAUAAUAUAAUUUAUGUAUCUAUUAAAAAGGUUCUUCUCUUCCCAAA